AUGGACUUGCAUUUUACCGCGCUGUCAGAGGAUGCUUGGCGCAAUUCGGCCUUCCAGCCAAGAGGCAAUGGCCUCCAUUACCAGAUGACGCGCAAACGGGCGUGCCUUUUCUUCUGGGAGCUGUAUGCUUUGCUGCAGCUGGCGAGAAUUCGCGCAAGUCAACGCGACUUGGCGCAAGAUUAA